AUGAAAAGACAAAUUAUAUUGUUUACUUCUUUAUUUAUUUUUUCUUUUAAUUUAACAUGGUCAUAUGAAAAAUCAAAUAUUAGAUCAGGAUAUUAUAAUGAAGAAAAUUUAAACAAUAAGGAAAAGAAUAAAACUAAUUCCUUGUUUAACGAAAUUAAUGAAGAUGUACAAAAUGAUGUGGAAAAAAAUUUAGAUAGUGAAAAAAAUGUGUUAGAAGGUGAUGAUUUGUUUAUAGGGCAAGCAGGAGAAACAGGAGAAGCAGGGGAUCAAAGUCCUAAGGCAGUCGUUGAAAAUGAAGGAUCAGGUGAAUCAAGAACUACAAGUGCUAGCGAUAAAAAUGGUGAAACUGCUUUACCAAGAGCUACAGAAUCGAGUGGAGGUGGAACAACAGGAGAAUUAGUAACAAAAUCAGAGCAACCAGUAACACAACCAGGGCAAUCAGGAACACAAUUAGGAACACAAUCAGGUCAACCAAGAUCACAAGCAUCAUCAGGACCAGAAGCAACACCAUUACAAGAAGCAGUACCAGGACUUCAGGGAACAACAACAUUACAAGGAGAACAAGGUGCAUUAUCAAGUGUAUCACAAACGUCUAGUCCCGAAGAGUUAUCAAGAUCUGAACAACAAACUGUACGAGAAUCAUCAGAAUCAGAAGUAUUAUCAGAUGGAUCAUCAACCCAAUCACGACCAAGAAGAUCACCUGAAUCGGAUCCAUCACCAGAUAAUAGAAAUGGUUCCCAACCUCGUGUUAAUACAAUCCCAAGUUCUAACAAUGAUACCCCAUCUCCUCAAACGGCACAACCUAGUAAUAAUGAAAAUAAUAGAGUAAAUAGAAUCCCAGAAAUGAAAUAUUUAGAUCUCCUUUAUGAUGAACUUCUUACAAAUAGAGAAGGAAAACAUCAAGUUGAUUUUGGAGAAAACCACGAAAAAUAUAAUAUUUUUAGAAAGGACUAUGAUAAUUUUGCCAUUAAUCAAAAAGAGUAUGAUAUAAUUAAGAAACUUCUUAAUUCUCUUUUUACAGAUAAUGAUGAAAAUGAAAAAAUGAAAAAGUUAGCUAGUAUCUUUCAAAAAGCAUUAAUUGACAAGGAAUUUCAUGAUCAAUUUAAAAACUUUAUUGAUGGUAUUUUGGGAUUUGCAAAACGUCAUAGUUACUUAGGAAAUGAAAAAAUCCAAAACAAUGCUGCAUAUAAAGCAUUCUUUCAAAAUGCAGUGGAUUUAUUAAAUACACUUUAA